GGUAAGUGUGGGGUAAGGGUUGCAUUGUUGGAAGUGGAUUCUGGGGAAGAGGUGCUCCUCCUUCCCUGACUGUCGCCUGAGGCUGGGAGGCCUGGAUUCGGAGCCACUGCGUCGCCCCGAGGAGAAAGGGCCCCUUGGAUAUUUGUACUAGACCAACAACUAUUUGAUUAGAACAAUUUUAACAAUCCAGUGGGUAGAUUUACUCAAGGCUUGCUACAUUUCCUGGAUCCCAGCAGUCAUGUCCUAUGUGUUUGUAAACGAUUCUUCUCAGACAAACGUACCUUUGCUGCAAGCUUGCAUUGAUGGAGAUUUUAACUAUUCCAAGAGGCUCUUAGAGAGUGGCUUUGAUCCAAACAUUCGUGACAGCAGAGGGCGAACAGGUCUCCACUUAGCAGCGGCUAGAGGAAAUGUAGACAUCAGUCAACUGUUACACAAAUUUGGUGCUGAUCUUCUGGCUACCGACUACCAAGGUAACACAGCCCUUCACUUGUGUGGACAUGUGGAUACCAUUCAGUUCCUUGUCUCCAAUGGACUCAAAAUAGAUAUUUGCAAUCACCAAGGUGCAACACCUCUUGUCCUGGCAAAAAGAAGAGGUGUAAAUAAAGACGUGAUUCGAUUGCUAGAAUCUUUGGAGGAGCAAGAAGUGAAAGGAUUCAACAGAGGAACUCAUUCAAAGCUGGAAACUAUGCAGACAGCUGAAAGUGAAAGUGCAAUGGAGAGCCAUUCUCUUCUCAAUCCCAACCUGCAGCAAGGUGAAGGAGUUCUCUCCAGCUUCCGAACUACAUGGCAAGAGUUUGUGGAGGAUCUUGGCUUCUGGCGAGUGCUGCUCUUGAUCUUUGUCAUCGCCUUGCUUUCCCUUGGGAUUGCAUACUAUGUCAGUGGAGUGCUUCCUUUUGUAGAAAAUCAGCCUGAACUGCUCCAUUAAAGGCCAUGUAAAUAAAUCGUGUCCUUACUAUUAUUUUUAGCUCUUCAGAUUGUUUUCUUCAGUGCAGGCAGCAGCUGCUGCCGCCUACAUACUGUUGACAUUUCUAUAUAUUCCCAUGUAGAGAAGCUGAUUUAAAUGAGGAUGCAUUAAUUCCAGCUGAACAGUACUAAAUUUGAAGGUAUAUCUGUGCUACCUCUAACAUGUUUUGGUCAAAUGUUGUUAUUAGCAUGCUCUACUAGUAUGUUCAGUGAUAUAAAAGGUCUUGAACAGCAUGUUUUGUGGAAAGAAUAUGUAUUUUGGAAAUGAGACCAAGUCAUUAACAUUUCUUUAAAAGCAGAUUGUUAUGUGAUUGGACCAUGUCUGUCCUUCUAUGUGUUUAACAGUGGUACUUUUUGCAAGAAAUAUCCAUAGUAUAAUAUAAGGGCACUCAUCCUUGUUACUAAAAUGUACCUGUGUUUCAUGUAGUAAUAUGCCAUAUCUUUAUUAUCUUCAUUUCAAAUAUUGUCAGAUUUUUGGGUAUGGGUUCAAGGUAACUGUAGUUUACCUAGUUUGACUGGGUAAUACUAAUAAAUCUUUCUAAAUGAAUUUACUUUCAUUUUUGUAAAAGUGAACAGCUCCAGCCUUCAGAAAUGUAGUGUUUCUUUUCCCCUGCUGGGGGAGAUGUCUUUUUCUUAAAAGUUCUUUAAAAUUAUAUUUUAACUGAGAAAUUCACUUGUGCUAUUCUAGUGUGAAAUACUAGAAAUACUUUUGGGUGUUCAAUAGGAAGUAGAAAAGAUUAUCCCAUUAAGAGAUGAUCAUUAAAUGGCAUGAUUGUGGGGAAAAAUGUAUUACUAUAAUACAUCUUUCAGGCAUUAUUUAAAAGUUCUGGGAUGCACCGAGUGACCUAACUUCUUUGUAUAUGGGAUUAGCAUGCAUGAACUGACAUGUGGCUCAGUAGUGCUCACAUUCUGAGGUGGUGUUAAUAAUUUACAUAAGAUCUGACUAAUAUACUCUUGGAAAGAUUGUAUAACUAGUAGCUAGGUAGUACUGGAAUAUUCAUGAUUCAUUUGACAAUCUGGCUACUAAACAGAACUCAGAAAACAGCAGAACUCAAUGUGUUUGUACACACACACACACACACACACUUGUGGGUCCAGCUGAGGGAGAAUUGUGGGUGCUCAUUCCUAUGAAUUCAACUAAGUAAAACAAAUAUUUUUUUAAAGUGGAAAUUUAAGCACAUAAUUGAUGAGUUCAUCUAGUAUUAAAUCCAUUUUUCCAGCAGGGGAUUUCUGACAGCUGUAUGAAGCAAAAACAUUUUGAGGCAUUUUAUAGGUUUUUAUUUUGAAUGGCUUCCUGAAGGUGUUUGUUUUUCCAGAGAAGGAAGUAGGCACUGUCCCUUUGUCCUUUUUUUCCAAGAAAAAAAUUAGUAGUUGCUUAAUAGAUCCACUGAAAAGUAUUAGAUCAUUUAAGUUAUGGUAAAACCAAUCAGUAAAAUUCCAGUUUAGUGUGCAAAUUUAUGAGCAAUUAAUUUUGUAUACACAUAAGGAAUGAAAAAUAAUAUCAGAUGGCAUAAGUCCUUUUUUAACACAUAAUCUUAAUUACUUUUCACUUUUAUUUUUUUCUUCCAUUUUAUUCCCCUGUAAUAACUGUUACAUUUUAAGCAUGACUAUAUAUUCCAAAUAAAUAUGUAUGCCAACAUG